AUGCUGAAGAAAGCGGAAAAUGAAAUUGCAGGGCUCAAAAACAAGUUAAGAAUAUCCGAGCAGCAGCGGAUUGAAGAGCGGCAGCAAAACCAGAAACUCCACAGCUUACUCGAGGAGAGGAUGAAUUCCAUGGAGGCCUCCAUAAUUGAGGCACUAAGAAAAGAAGUUCGUGCGGCAAGGCUGCCUUCACAGGGUUGUGCUGCAAAUGUUUGCAGCGAUGAUUUGCAGCAAACAGUCCGGGAAGCUCCCAUGAAGCCAUGUGAGGAUAAUUUCAUUCAGGAAAACUCCCGAAUGGCAAUUGAUCAACAAGAGUCUACCACGCUGUAUGAGGUAUGUAUACACAAUACAUGAAAGCCCAGCUAGUGUGUUUUGCAUGGGGCUGCGAAAAAUUAAGAUCUGGAAAUCUGAACAGCCAGAACGAAGACAGAUUUGUACGCAUUUAGUUUGUACUUUGCAAGCCUAAUGUAGCAGCCACGGGACUAUAAAUGAUAUUGUUGCUUUCGCCACUUUAUCUAAGAGAGUGGAUGCUGAAGUGAGUGGGCGAAAGCACUGUCUUGUUAAUUUUUAGCAGAAUAAGAUGACCUAGUGAACAUUGUCUUUAGCUGUUUUGGAUUGCGAGCACUUUUUUCUUGAAGCUAAGCUUUUUUCCUAUAUUUUUCUAUCUCCCCUUUUCCUAAGCCUGUGUUUGGCAUGGUUGCUGCUGCUGUGGUAUCUUUGUAGGCAUGAUUGUGGAUAUGUAUAUGCAGGUUUAUAUGCAAAGAUUGCAGGCUCCAGCACUUGGGCUGACAUAGCUCUGUACGCUCUCGGACUCACUAAUGCCAGUUAGUAUGCUAUAUUG